AAAGCAAUAAAUGCUAUUUCCAAGACCGUUUUACCUUUAAGGGGAGUACCAUAUAUGAGAAUAUCUUGCCGUUAAGAACCCACAAAUAUCGGGCAGACAUUAGUUUUGUUUUGACACAUACCGUUAUAUUUCACUUCAGUGGGAACGAUUACUAGGGAAUUAAAACGUCACUAGUAGUACAUGGUACUCGACGUAAAUGCUUAACCCCUCUGGUGUUACGGAUAACAGGUUUGUCUUUGGUUAAAAAAACAGAAAACCCACAGUAACCAUUUAAUGUCUCAGUAAACAGAAGGUAGAGCUUUCACGAUCACAUUUCAAAGAAAUAUCAAUUAUCGCUCUGUCAUUGGUAUUCCGAUGCGAUCUCAUAACGAUCGGUUAUGUUGUUUAUUACCAUGUUCAGUGUGUAACACAGUGACGGCACUUCGCAAUUCAGAUCUCCACUCAGUCACGACUCAGAUAAAACAGUGAGUGACUCACAGCCACAGGACGUAGACUUACAGACUUAACCAGAAGUACUGCAAUAAAGCACAUUUACUUAAAGGUUAUACUUAAGAAAACAACGUUAUGAAAGCGCUAAAUAAUUAUUUUGUUGUAAAUGCUUUGUGACAUUUUGCCCAUGUAGAGUGACAGACCAGGACAACAUAGCAAAAAAAAAAAAAAACUUCACUCACGUCCAAAUGCACUCGUCAUAUACAAGGAUUCACUGAAAGCAUAGGGCUCUUUGUUGACGUCACAAGGUUUAGGUGGUCGCUAAAAUUGCCUGUGUAAAAAAGUACAGAAUCUGCAGCUGGAAACACCCGAAGGUUAAAUGUGCAAUAUAGUACGAUAUGUUUAUCGGAGAUAAUACAAUUAAAUGAGCAUUAAUGCUUAAUUUCACAACAAGCUCUUAAAAUAAUACAAUUUACGGUUAAUGAAAGCAGUGUGUGUGUGUGUAUUCUCUCGCUACCCCUCUCCCCUUUACUAUCAUUACACAGCUCUUCAGCAGUUAAAACCGUCAGAGUGGUCACCCGCCUUCACGUGCAGUGUCUGGCUCACGCACGUACGCAAACACACAAACACACCGUCAUCCUGCGUGGGACACGCAGCUGGUUAGCUUGGCGGGCUAACCAGAGUAGCUUCUCAUUGACAAGGGUUGUGACUAAAUGCGGUUAAUUUCUUUUAGUUUACUGUGAUGUUCAGAGGUGGUUGUCGUUAAAUUUACGGACUGUCUGCCUUUAUCCUCGGCUGACCGGGAGCCGCCAUGGAAUGCCGCGUCCUGUCCAUACAGAGCCAUGUAGUUCGGGGAUAUGUGGGCAACAAGAGCGCAUCUUUUCCAUUACAGGUUUUAGGGUUUGAGGUGGACUCAAUCAACUCUGUCCAGUUCUCCAACCACACAGUCUGCCUGUUUCUUUUUCUACUCUAUUCUGCUCUAAUCUACAUUUCUCUACUCUACUUUGCUCUACUCUACUCUGUUAUCCUGUCUUAUCCAGGUUAUUCCCACUGGAAAGGCCAGGUGCUGACGGCAGAUGAGCUGCACGUUCUUUAUGAAGGAAUCAAGCUGAACAACGUUCACCACUAUGAUUAUGUUUUAACAGGGUAUACUAGAGACACAUCAUUUUUAGAGAUGGUGGUGGACAUUGUUCAGGAGCUGAAGAGAGCCAAUCCAAACCUGGUGUAUGUAUGUGACCCAGUCCUUGGUGAUCAUGGAUCUAUGUAUGUUCCUCAGAAUCUUUACCCAGUCUAUAAGAACAAGGUGGUUCCUGUUGCUGACAUUAUAACUCCAAACCAGUUUGAAGCUGAAUUACUGACAGGGAAAAACAUUAGCACAGAGAAAGAUGCUGUAGAGGUGAUGGACCUUCUUCAUGCCAUGGGCCCAGACACAGUGGUCAUCACUUCUUCUGAUCUUCCCCCCAGGCUGGGAGACAACUUCCUGGUGUCACUGGGCAGUCAGCGUCAUGUUCGACCAGACGGCAGCAGGACGACACAGAGAGUUCGAAUAGAAGUUCCUAAAGUGGACGCCGUCUUCGUGGGCACUGGAGAUUUGUUCGCUGCAAUGCUGCUAGCAUGGACGCACCACUACCCUAAUGACCUAAAGACCGCCUGCGAGAAGACAUUUUCAGUGAUGCACCAUGUUAUUCAGAGGACCAUAUCCUACGCUCAUGAGUUAGCAGGUCCUGGUCGGAGGCCCAGUCCACCGCAGCUAGAGCUGAGGAUGGUUCAAAGUAAAGCGGACAUCGAAGACCCUGCUAUAGUAACAGAAGCCACAGUCAUAUCUUAACAUUUCCAACCCCAUAAGACUCAUACUAACCUCAUUCGUCUUCACCCAUAAACCUCUCGACUUCUGUGUCUCAGAAUAUUUCUCAUCACUCUGUAAACCUAAAAGGUCAACACCGUAUCAAUCAGACCCCUCCAACCUAUGUAGUGCUGUGACCCCUUUAGCCUUUCGACUGUUCCGUGUCCCCGAGCCCGAGAUCUUUCACGUGUCGCUCUGACAACCAGACCUGAUUCAGAUCCAGAGACAUGGACAGACUGAAGGCAGCUUGUUCCCCUUCUGUAAUGGUGGAGUCCAUGUUGUCGGUUUCUCACUGUAAGUCGAAUCUACAAGUAUGUUGUUGUAUAACAGUUAUUAGCUUAGAAAAAAAAAAAAGAUAUUAUAGGGUAAUUGGUCAGUAAGACAAAAUAUCAUUAUCAUAAAACAUUUUUUAUUAAGGUUCGAAGAAAUAUGAUGUGAUUAUCAGAAGGGUUGAAUGAGUGUGUGUCGUGUCACUCAGACCGACAGCAGUGAUAUCUCUAAGGAACUACAUACAAAAUACACCGACAGGAAGUGGCAAAUAUAUUUUUCUUGUGGAUCGACAUGCAUUAAAAUCUAUUCUUAAUAUAGUUAUUUUAUUGUAGUAAAACUCAGUCACUCAACAACACGUCAAACAGUGAUUAUGUUAACAUGUAGUUUUAAAGAAUAUUUUUUAAAACGUUUCUAUUCCUAUUUAAUAUUUUUAACAACUUACUUUAAAUAAUUUAUCUGAAUACACUAAUUAUAAUAAUAUUCCAAUUAGAAAUAAAACAAAAAAAUCUCCAAGUGCUACCUCUAGAUUAUUUGCUUCAAUUCUUACUGUAUUGAAAACCUGACCAGUUAUCAAUAGAUUUUAUUAUUUUUUUAUUUUCUCCAGAUUUUACUUUUAGUGGCUCUGUUUGUAAAAAAAAAAAGUUUCUUUAUCAUUAUUAUUAUUUUUAAUUAUUAUGGGAAACCUAUCCUACUCUAUUGCCACAUUACUGCCAAAACCACUCAGCCGACUUACUCUGUAGUGGUUCCUCACACCGGCUCAUGUAUCAAGAUGGCACUGAUUGUACUUUAAAAAAAAAAAAAAAACUCUUAUACUGUUAAUCUGUGGCUCUGGCCCUUCACUAUCUCCCCCUCCCCCUUUAUCUUACAACUGUGAUGUAAUGUGACCACGUCUAACCACCCUGACCCCGUGACAAUAAUAACAACAAAAAAAAAGGCACACUGUAUAGUUGAUGUAUAGAUGUUGUACCAUAACUGUAUCGGACCAUUUGUAAGAUAUCUUCUAUCUGAUCUGUCUGGUGGACCAUCAUGUUAAAUGCUUCUGUACUAUAGACAACAAACAAACUACACAGUCACCCUAACCACACCUGUUGGGAUGGUUCUGGCACUGCAGGCAGGUAGCCACAGUUGUUACUUGUUAUGGAUAUAGGUCAUAGUGUCGUCUAUUGUAGUAUAUACAGUAGCUGAACCUCAGUCAUUAUAGGACGGAUAAAAUACAUUUCAACAUCUGGUGCUGUAUAGAUGUCUGCUGGUUACGUUUAUUCACACCAAUCGAAAAA